CGCUGUGGAAACCCAGACGGAUCAGUAGCCAGAUGAAACAAUACAAUGCAGACAUGAGCCAUUGCCAGUAUAUGUUCAGCAAGGGGAAGAAACGGCAAUGGAGCCAUAUAAAGAUUCUUAAAGAUUCUCCUAGGCAGUACGAAUACAUCCUGCAACUUAUAAUGAAG